AUGGGAAUGAAACGGGAAAUGGACAAAUACAUGGAUAAAUAUAUCACUUCUGUGUGCCAUAUUAUCUUUGAGUGCCAUGUGGCCUCUGAGUGCCAUGUGACCUUUGAGUGUCAUGUGGCCUCUGAGUGUCAUGUGUCCUUUGAGUGUCAUGUGGCCUCUGAGUGUCAUGUGACCUUUGAGUGCCAUUUGACCUCUAAGUGCCAUUUGGCCUCUGAGUGUCAUGUGGCCUUUGAGUGCCAUGUGGCCUCUGAGUGCCAUGUGACCUUUGAGUGUCAUGUGGCCUCUGAGUGUCAUGUGACCUUUGAGUGUCAUGUGGCCUCUGAGUGUCAUGUGACCUUUGAGUGCCAUGUGGCCUCUGAGUGUCAUGUGACCUUUGAGUGCCAUGUGGCCUCUGAGUGUUAUGUGACCUUUGAGUGCCAUGUGACUCUCAUGUGCAAGGACGGAGGGUUAAACUCUGCUCCACACAUACUCCAAGUCCUCCUCGUGACGAUUAGGCAGAUAAGAUAG